CGCCGACGCCGCUGUCCGACCCCGACGCCCGAGCAGACGCAGCCAACGACGUCGACGUCACACCGUAGCACGCAGCUCCACCUCACCGGUACAAUGACGAAAACCCACCAGCUCAGCCUGCUGAUGAUCAUCCUGUGCGCCCUCUGCCUGGCCAUCGGGAGCGCCAAGGGGCAGAAGAGAGUCGACUGCAGGAUGUACCCGUUCGCACCUAUCUGCCGAGGGAUAAUGACGAAGAAGAGGGAUGUGGACAGCACCGGCGUCGCAUCUCCCACGAUCGAGAAAUCCGCCGACUAUCCCGACGCCAGGCAGUGGUCGGCACCCGAGCAGGCUGCCGCCAUGUUCCCGUGGCUGCUGAACAACUGGCCCAAGAGGACGGCGGCCGACUACGACUACUAGCGCACACCGGCGCACACACUUAGCCUUCCUUUUUUCCGCUACGAGCGCUCCAGUAUAGUUACGAAAGGACUCUCAUUUGUCUUGCGAUUCGAGGAAGUAGCUUUCCUGCGCCCUAUGUUUGUUUCUCUCCACGAAUGGUACACUUCAGAUUCCUCUUCUUCUAUUUGUCGUGAUUACUAUUCCGCCUGCUCCGUUCUUUUACCUUACUUUAAAAGAGCAUAGUGAACUUGCUUCAGGCAAGAACGUUAGAAAACAUGUAGUUAAUUGAAGGUAGAUUCUACAUUCUCCAUUAGAAUUUCAGUUCUGUAUACAUCUUCUUCUAGACAGUUCGAUGUAUCCGUCUGAAUUAUAAUCCUUCAAAAAAUGACAUCUUGUUUCAGUCUCUCGCGAAAUAAAUAGCUUUCCCGGAAAUAUUUAAACCUCGGAAAUUUUUCCACGUGAUCACAUAAUUAAUUUUGCAUGUUGACGAAUGUUUAGCCAUGCAUUACCCAGCACACCCCUGUUUCUAUACCAUCGAACUUAGAGUAUGUAAUACUUACUGGACUCGAAUGAUUGUUAUUCAAUUUGAA